GAAUUGAAGAAGAAAGAGCUCCGUCUACUCAUGAAGUAUUUAAGAAAGAUAUAUGACAGUGCAAAGAAAAAGGAAAAGACUGCUGAUCCGAAGGAUCUGAAGAUGAAGAGCAAAAUGAAGUGGAAAGACAGGAUCUAAAGUAAAGUACACUUAUAAAUGAGAACACAAAUGGCAUAAAAUACGGCCUAGAGAAACCAAGAGCUACACCGGAAAAUGAUAGCUCUAAAAAGAAAGGAACGAAGAGGUUUAGCAAUGGCAAUAGUUUUUUUUCAAUCUGUAAUACUGUGCCCCGAACUUGCUGCUCUUUUUGGUGUGAAGCAAAUGUGCAAAAUCUGCGAAAGGUCCAAAGUAUCAUUACAGAAAGGAACCCUUACGAUCCCAGGAAUAAGCAGUUGUGUAUUUGCAAGUGUAGAAAAUAACAUAGCUUCCAGGUGGAUCGUUGCGGACAUGAAGGAAUUCAACGGUCGAAUGUUUCCAUGUCCGAAUUGCCCGGGCUCUUUCACCAAAAAGAAAGGCCUCAGGGAACAUUUGAUCUACCAAUGCGGCCAACCGCCGAGAUACCAAUGCCCGUAUUGCACGUACUGUACGAGAUUGAUAUCGAACGUGUACAAACACGUGCGCCGAAGGCAUUUCGGCGAAACAGUGUGGUGUAUCGAUCUGAAACGCGAACCGAAGCUAUAAUAUAUAGUCUAUAAUAUACAGGUUAACGACAACAUGUGUACGACCCACUGAUGUUUCGAUCCGUUGACGUUUAAGAGGACCAUCCCAACCAACAUUGAAAUAAACACGAUUUUUUUAAAGAUUUCUGUUUUAUUUUCUUCGAAAGAGAACGGACUCGAGCGUGCAGAGACCCAUCAUCAUACUUGUGUUGUUUCUUUGCGAGUCAUUCGAGUUGGUUUCGAUAUCGGUUUUCUUUCUUUCUUUUUUUUUAAGGACGGGGAGACUUGUGAUAGCUCUUUUGCAAUCGUUUCUUUUGC